AUGCUGACCCGUGCGCACCAGGCCCUGGUGCUGAUGCGGGAGCACUUUGAAGAAAUCACCGCAUUGUGCGCUGAGUGCCAGAGCCUAAUCGACUGCCACGACAAGAUUGCAGUGCUGAGUGAGGUGCACUACAACCUGCGCAAGACGCUUCAGGACGUGGAGAACAUUGCAGCGCUGCCGGUAGAGGCUGCAGAGGCGGAGGAGAUGCUGAGGGACAAUGCCAACCUACUGCAUGUGUAUGAGAUGCUGGCCAGCCUGGAGGGGACGAGCAUGAAGGCACAGCAGGCCUUGGAGAGCGGCACCAAUGUCCGCGGGACGGCGGGCAAGUUUGAGGAGCGGUUGUGGAGCAUCAUCCGCAACUUUUGCAAGUCUCUCAGGAGGACCCCGGCCUGCUGCCAGUUGAUUGCGGCCGGGGAAAACACAGACAAGGGGGUGACGGAGAUCUUGGCAGAGGCAAAUGACUGGGUGGAUCAGCUGGCUCCCAUCUAUGACCACGUCGCGCCCUGCUUCCCGCCCAACUACCGCAUCUUUGGCGUCAUCUGUGCGGAGCAUCACCGCCAGCUCAGCAGCAUGAUUGACUUUAUUGGGCUGUGUGCCGAAAACCUGGCCAAUGCAGACAUACUGAAUGCGAGCUGCAGAGGAGGAAUGGGGAGAGUUAUGCAGUGGAUUGCUGGGUACCAGGAGGCGCUUGGCGAAUUUGGGGUGGAGGAGGAGGACGUGGCUUUCCCACUGAGCCCCCGUUCGGGCGUAAGCCUGCUAAUCGGCAAGUAUGUGGACCGCACGGUUGCCACUCUCUCUUCCUGGCUCAACAACAUUGUUGAGGGUGACUUCAAAUUUGAGCCCAAGGCGAGUGCGGAGGGGCGCAUGUGGACUCCGGGCGCAGUCGACUUCUUCCGCAUCUUGAAUGAGCAGGUGGCAGUGGUGGCAGAGGUGAACCAGGGCGACAUGCUGCUGCGCGUGGGCCAGGUGAGAGUGCAGGAUUGGGGCCGGACAGAGGAUUCGGGGCUGACUGCUGCCCGUUUGGGCAGGGCGGAGAGUCCAACCUGA